UCAGAUGGUGUCGAAAAAACCUCUAAUUCGAUAAUAUCCUCUUGAUGGCGACUAUAAAGCCGCCAGUCCCGCUCCUGAGGCUACCAGGCCUCUCUGUUGGUGAUAACUCUCCUGAUACAACGACAGAGACCGGUGAAGCGAGAGCUUUCAAGUUUGUAUUCACUGAUUGUCAAACCAAAGGGAAACACAGCCAUCCACUUUCUCUCUCCAUCCGAUCGAAGGAACAGCAAUCAGAGAAGAUGACAGCAGCGGGUCCAGCCACUCUUAUGUUACCAGGAGAUCGCCGCCAGCCGGCUCUCACACCACCUCCAUCCUCCCUCACACUCUCCCUCCCUCAAUCCCCACAAAUCAAGAGGUCCAUUUCUGCACCGGGUCUCAAGGUUAGGCAGAGGGCUAGCCUUGGCCCGGGGUGCAGCAUGAUGGAUUGGAUUCGAUUGUGCAAGAAUACGCCCGACAUGGCCGGUAAUGGUGGAACACCUAGACCAGUGUCCAGGGAGGAGUUGGCACGCCAUUGUACGGAAGACGAUGCAUGGACAUGCUACAAUGGAAAAGUAUACAACAUUACAGCUUACUUUAGAUUUCAUCCUGGAGGAAAGGAAGAUUUGAUGAAAGCUGCUGGAAAGGACUGCACUAUCCUCUUUGAUGAAGCUCACAAGUGGGUCAAUAUCCAGUCAAUGCUUAAAAGGUGUUAUGUUGGGGAUUUGGCUGAUACGUGUCCUUUUCAUACAAAUGAUCUCACCAAUGAUGAGUUGUCUGCAAGAAGAGGCAGUUUCAGAAGCAGAUCUGGCUCAAGGACAUUGUCUAACUUAAAGUUAGGAGUACCAGAGACCAAGAUUAUCAUCAAUGGAAUGAACAGGCAAGCAGUAGCUAAAAGGGAGUCUGAAUCAAGUGAAGAUGCAUUGGUUCACACUCCACAGAGUCCAGUCAAUCCGCCUAUUCACGUCGUUGAAGAGACUGACUCUUCGACUGCUGUCAUUGUUAUACCUCCGUCACCGAUCAGGAAGAACUCUGAUGCCUCUCGCCCUACAGUACCACGUUAUGAUUGGUAUCAGACUGAGAAGAAUCUCAUGAUUCACAUAUUCACUCAUAACAAGAAUUUGAAGGAGUCUGAUAUAGUUGCUGAUCUCAAUGGUCAAGUCUUAGAGGCGGAGAUAUUGAUUGACAAUUGGAUAUAUCAACUUAAAAUAAACCUCCUUCAUUCUGUAUCCGAAUUACAAGUAUCCAUUCAUUCCACUAAAGUGGAGAUAAGGCUGACCAAAGUGACCGACAUUCGCUGGGAGUCUGUUGGUACUUCAAUGCCUGGGAAUGACCAGAUGGUUGCCAGCAGCAACAGAGUUAAGACUUAUCGACCCUGCACAGUCAAGUCCAUCGAAACCGUGACUCACGAUACAAAGGUCUUCACCCUCUCUGUCCCUCCCUCCUCUCACUUGAGUGUACCUGUGGGACACCACGUCAGUCUUAGAGCUGGUGAAAAAGGUCAUGAAAUAGAGAGGGACUAUACUCCCAUUAAAUCAUUUGGUUCUCCUUCUUCAUCCUCCUCUAUCAAGUUAAUGAUUAAACUCUACAGCGAUGGAGCUAUGUCCCAGUAUCUAUCAAAACUGAAAAAAGGUGAUGCUCUCACAGUCAGUAACCCUUCAGGAACAUUUGAUGCCAACAGACUACAGUCAAUCAAAGACUCUAUACUCAUUGCUGCUGGAUCAGGUGUUACUCCUAUGUUUGGCCUAUUACAUGAUCUGUUAAAUCGUCCUUCAUCAUCUUCUGGUGACAAAGAGGAGCAGCCUUCCAAGCAUCAUCUUAUUUUUGCCAACAAAACGGAAAAGGACAUUAUCUGGAGGAAGGAACUCGACAAGCUAGCAAAAGACAAUAAAAAUUUCAAAGUGACACACAUUCUCUCGUCUCCCGACAAAUCAUGGAACGGAUACAAAGGUCGAGUUACGCCAGAAUUCCUCCAAUCUCACCUUCCAGCUCCGUCAUUCUUGGAUAAACAGCAGCGCCUCAUAUGUGUCUGUGGGCCUCAGCCGUUUACAACAAGCGUAUUGUCAGCUCUGUUAGAAAUGGACUAUCCCGAAUCAUGCAUUCACGUUUUUGAUUAAAGUCCAGGAACUCCGUCCCACAAACUCAAUCAUUAUUUUUAUCAUUAUUAUUAUUAUUAUUUAUAUCAGCACUCUAUUUAUUUUGUCAUGCCACUGCAUAAGCCAUUCCUAUUUAAUAUUGUUAUUUUUGUUUUUUUUUUGUUUGUAUUUAUGGAGUCUAUAUAUAUAUAUAUAUAAAAUUAUCAUUGCCGUAUAUUGUUGUUUUGUAAUGAUUGUUAUUUUUUAUUUAUCAA